ACAGAACACUCCAGGAGCAUGAAGGAAUUCAUCCUCCUGGGCCUCUCAGAGAACCAAGGGGUGACGAAAAUAUAUUUUGUGGUGUUCCUGCUUUUCUACACGUUCACAGUGGCAGGAAAUCUCACAGUUCUCACUGUGACGAGCAGCCGGUGCCUGAACUCCCCCAUGUACUUCUUCCUCUGCCACCUUUCCUUUGUAGGUGUUUGUUACUCCUCUGUCACAGCUCCCCAAAUGAUUUCUGGCUUCCUGGUGGAAAAUAACACCAUCUCCUUUGCAGGUUGCAUAGGGAAGCUCUUGGGGCUUCAUUUUUUUGGCUGCACAGAGGUUUUCAUCCUGACAGCCGUGGCCUACGACCGCCGCACGGCCAUCUGCCGGCCCCUGCCCGACCCCGCGCUCACGUCCCGCCGCCUCUGCGGCCGCAUGGUGGUCUCCUGGGCGGGGGGAUUCCUGCAUUCCACCCUCCAGACCCUUCCCACCGCCCUGCUCCCUUUCUGUGGCCCUAAAGUCCCCCAUUAUUUCUGUGAUGUCCACCCCCUGCCCCUGGCCUGUGCCGAGGGCCUGGCCGCGCUGGCCAACAGCGGGGUCAUAUCCCGGAGCUGCUUCCUCAUCCUGGUCACAUCCUGCGUGGUCAUCCUGGUUUCUAGGGGCCAAACGCUGGCGAGGUGUGCUGGGGAGGUGUCCACGUGUGGGUCCCUCAUCACUGCGGUGAUCCUGUGCCUUGGGCCCAGCACGUUUGUUUACAUCCACCCAUCCAGUGGCUUGUCCAAGGACAGGAGCGUGGCCAUAUUCUACAUGCUCAUCACACCCAUGCUCAAACCCCUCAUCUGCCCCCUCCGGGAUGGGGAGGUGAAGGGAGCCAUGAGGAAACUGUGCAGGGGGGAAGUGGGAAGCAGAAAUGGGAAGGGGUAG